AGUACUCUUCGUUGUUGUUUCCCAUGGUCCAAUAUAAUCAACGUCGAAGUGGUAGUAAAGGAGGGAAGGGUAAAGGAGGACGAGGAGGGGACUCUAUGACUAGACGCUCUGGUUGGAAGAAUUCUGGGAGGAAGGGGGGUAAAGGAGGGGGUAAGGGAAGGAAAGAGCAUGUUACUGCUGAGCAACUUGAUGAGGCCUUAUUACGCUAUAAGGGGGAGGAUGCUCUGGCUAAGAAGUAUGAUGAGGAUCUAGAAAAGUAUUUUGAGAGGGGUAGGGAGGAGAAGGAGGAGGAGGAGCAUACCACUCCUGAGACUAAUGCCGAACCAGAUGCUACUACAGCUUAUGAGGCUUCCGAUGAAGCAACAGCAGCAGCAGGUGGUAAUACGACUAAGGCCGCCGUUGAGGAAGGAGAGGAGGAAGCCACUGCGUGAGGGAAAUUAGUAUUAGUAGUAGCAGUCGGCGGUGCCGACGACCGUUGGGGUACAUUAUA